AGAAGAUUUCUGCAAUGUGAAGGCCAUACCUAAAAUGACUUCCGGUAGCACUGACUACGACGAUUUCUUCAACAAAACUGCUCCUCCUGAAAAAUUUGAGGAGAAGAUAUGCAUCAUCAAUUCGUUUGUACAAUAUUAUAAAGCCAGUGACCAGAAGUUAGUCCUUGUAACGUCAGGUGGCACAACCGUCCCUCUGGAGAGUCGAACUGUGCGGUUCAUUGACAAUUUCAGCAUAGGCACCCGAGGAUCUGCCUCAGCAGAAUAUUUUCUUGACCAUGGAUAUGCUGUCAUCUUUCUACAUCGUCAAAGAUCACUUCUUCCCUUUCAUCGCCAUUUGCAGCACAAUAUGUUGGACUGUUUAGCUCUUCAGUCACCUGAAACAAACAGUCACAUCUAUGUAAACCAGGAGAGCACAGUCAAGCUGCUUCCAAUCCUUCAGCGUUACAGUGAGUGCCAGAAAAACCGUCGCCUUUGUCUGGUGUCCUUUACAUCUUUGGGUGAUUACCUACAUCUGUUGCGUGUAGCCUGCCAGUCUCUGCGGCCACUCUGCUCUCGAGCGAUGCUUUAUCUUGCUGCUGCAGUUUCUGACUUCUACAUUCCUUCGGACCAAAUGCCAGAGCACAAAAUCCAAUCCCAAGGAGAAAAACCUUUACACUUGUCACUGGAGCUUGUACCCAAAAUGCUAAAACCUCUGGUAAAGGACUGGGUUCCUGAUGCUUAUGUGAUCUCUUUUAAACUUGAAACAGAUAAGAGUAUUCUGAUUGGCAAAGCAAAGAAAGCCCUGGAACAGUACGAGCAUAAGCUUGUUGUAGCUAAUGUUUUGGAUACAAGAAAGAAAGAAGUUAUACUGGUAACAAAGGACAAAGAAGAACUUCUUGCUCUCUCAGAUGAAGAAGAACACAGGGGGAUGGAGAUAGAGGAGAAGCUAACCAGGAAAAUAGCUGAUCUUCACUUAGAUUUUUACAGUAACAGUGCCAUUGAAACUAAGACCUCACAUUAAGUAACUAGGUAGUCUUCAUCCAGAUUUGAUAGCGCAAUUUCACUAACACAUUAAGGACUGAGAAAUCUUGGUGAGGGAAGAAAAUGCUUGUUUUCUUUCCUCUAGUUUUGUGUACAGAUGUCACUAUAAUUCCUGCAUUUUAAAUGUUGUUUGCAUAAGUAAAUUUUCUCAAACAUGUCUACUUUGUAUGCUUUCGACAAAUUAUUCUUGAGCUUUAUAGUAUCUCAAGAGCAUAAUUGGAGUUUCUGUCUCUUAAUCACCCAGCAGUUUUCAAUACUGAUUUACCAAUAUUAUAAAAGAGGACGUGGAAAGAGGUGGUUGCAUUCCAUCGAAUAACUCUAGUUGGUGAGAAAUGCUCUUCACUCAUUUAUAGCUGGUCUUUGAAGUGAAGCUGCAGUCAAUAGAAACAGUGGUUUCAAACUCUUGGCAGCUGGAAAUUCCUCACCAGUUGCCCAUAUCAGUCACUGAGUGUAUAUCGUACAUCUCAUGUCACUGAGAGUGUGUAAUUCGUACAUCUCAACCAUUGACCAUUAAAGUACAUGAGCGCUAACAGGGACUAAAAGGUGAUUUCUGCAUCUAUGUGCAUAUUUAUGUAAAGUUUGUGGGGUUUAUUUUCCCUAGCAAAUUUCUUUGAACUGCCUGUGCCUGAAAAUUACUGGGUGGUGUAAACUGCAAACUGAUAUAUUUUAAUUUGCAUCAGUGAUCAGACCAUGGCAGUUUAUAAUAUUUGGAGACAGAAUUGGUGAAGAUUGAUCAAAAUUUAAAAAUUCCCAUGUUUGGAGUCACCACCUGAUGUUGUCAUUUUUCCACAUCAGCACAAGCGUAAUUUUUUUUCAAGGGUGAUAGAAGGCAGUUUCUCGACCAGUGAAGCAAGUAUCUGAUGACAUUUCCAACUGGAUUCAGUUUAUCGAGUCCUAUCAUUUACAUAAUGGUAAUAAAUGUGGAUUCAUAAAGUUAUAUUAAGCUUUUUUCACAGACUUGGUAACGCUACUGGAAUGCUUAGAGGAUUGUCCUUUCUAAUGAUAUCAACUGUCAUUUAUCCCUGUUCUUCACUGGACAUGCUUUUACACUACCCUCUUCCCCAUUCUUUUCCCUCUGCUCAAUACUCUUUUUUAAAAACAAUGCUAGGCUACACUGAGGACUAGAUCAGUAAGAUCUGCUUCUCACCUGCUGUCAAUCAUCCCACAUUUUUGUUAACUACAGUAAAUGCAUGAAUAGGGAAAUAAAGCCAUAUCAGCUUUUAACCUCCUUGGCAUUAACCCUCUGCAUUAUUAGGGAUAGAAAUUUUAUAGGAAAAAAGUUUCUCACUAGACCUUCAGACUUCUUCCAAGUAAACGCAACAAAUCCCUACCCCCUCCUCCCUUAAUUUCCAUACCAUCACUCUCAAAUUUACCCCAUGUGGUGGUGGUGGUGGUGGUUUCACAUUUCAGGUGAAAUGUCUUCCUUGUUGGAUUUAUUUUUCAGAUGAAUCAGUGUCUGGGACAUCAUAUUUUGUGAUUGUGAUGUAAACAGACCUACAAAAUUUAGCAUGGAAUAGAAAUGUGACAAGUUAUCCAUUCCUGAUGUACCUUUGUCUUUAAAUUUUGCUCAUUGUUGCAUCCCCCUCCCCCCCCCCAUGUGGGACAGUGACUAUUAAGGGUUUUUUUUUUCCUGGCAUAUUUGUCACCACUGAUGCAUCUUUUGAUAUAGGUUGUGAACAUUGCAUUCCUCAGCAUGUGGGUUCACCCUAAUGUUACAUUGCCUUGUUUUAUUUUGUGCACAUGAAUACUAGAAAACUGGAAAUGCCAUUUUUUCGUGCAUGUUUUCAACAAAUUUUGCAUUCUGUGGACAAUAUCCCAAUAGCUGUUGACUUGUGUUUGUAAAAUUUCAAUGCUCAUCUCACACAUGUGCACGCACACACACAAAGAAUAAAAUCAUCACUAUUAAAUAUUUUUUAAGGGUUUAUUGCCAAUUAAGUGUGAAUAAAAAAAAAAUUUUGGAGGGGGGGUUAAGUUUUGAGUUUAGCUGCGAGCCGGCUACCCAACCCUAACUCCUGUACUUUCAGGAGGGGGAGGUAGGCUUUUCCCAAUGCUCUGACCAGCAUUGCUGAUGUGACCAGUCUGUUUUUAGCUUCAUGUUUCAGACAAUGGAUCAAUCAUGAAGGGAAAAAAAAAAAAUCAUAAUAAGUUACAUGUACUUGCUAUUAACAGACUGAUCACUCAGCAGUGGUGUGUGCUCACCACAAAUGUAGUAUUUUUAAAUAAUUGUGCAUUUAAUACAUAGCUCAUUUAAGAAUUACAUAUCACUGCAAGAAUUACAUAUUACUGGGCAAAAAUGUGAUUAAAUGUCACAGACAGCAAGAAGUUGCUUUAAUGCCUGCUGUUACUGAAGUAACUUAUGACUAUCAGAUAAUUAUUAGUCCAUCAUUGUUGUUUUAUAAGUUAUAUAACUAGCUAUCAAAUGUUAUCUUCAUCACAAUGUAUAAUGUAGUGUUGAAAUAAUUACCUCCCUGAAAUUAAGAGAUGAGUUUUUACUACAUCAAUGUAUAGGAAUGUAGUUUCUUGGCCAAUGUUUUUUAGAUUUUAAUAAUUUACCUGACUUGUUAUUAUGUGUAUAAUAGGAUAUAAAUCACCAUGCAGAAUAUAGCAGGAUUCGAGCAUAAACCAUGACAUAAUUAAUCAUGACGUAAAUGCUUUUUUGUUAGUUUGCUUUAACGUUGCUUUUCCACAAUUAUUGAUGUUAUUUUUAACCAGUAUUGUUAUGCAAUAGCUUAGAUAUACACCUCUUGCCAAUAGAACAAAUUUUACCCUAAUAUGCACACACUGCAAAAAUCAAGAUUUAUUAAUUUAUAAAAAAGGAUUUAGUUUUGUGGCAAUGUUUUUUU